GGGAAAUAACGAAAACUCUGUCAGUGUGAACUUGAGGCGAACAUUUCUGCUUGGUGGAUAGAGACUUGGAUAUUGAAGGAGGAGAGAUCUUUCCGGCCAAUGGCUUCCGCUUCUAUCAUCAAUUCCUUGAUUUCUCCUCUCUGCAACUCCGGCGCAAAAUCGGAGGUCUUCUUUUUGAAUUCUUCGCCGAAUUCUAGAUGCCAGACUCUAGGACGCAUUCCGUCUCUGAAAUCGAAGAAGAGCAAUUUGUUUGGGACAGUCUCUUCCUCUUCUGUAUCUGUUGUUUGCAAGGCGGUAUCUGCUAAGCCGGAAACUGAGAUUGACGGCCUCAACAUCGCCAAAGAUGUAACUCAGCUGAUAGGUAAGACACCCAUGGUCUACCUGAACAAUAUCGUGAAGGGAUCUGUAGCAAACAUUGCUGCUAAGCUUGAAAUAAUGGAACCAUGUUGUAGUGUUAAGGACAGGAUAGGUUAUAGUAUGAUAUCUGAUGCUGAGAAGAAAGGACUUAUUUCACCAGGAAAGAGUAUUUUGGUUGAGCCUACCAGUGGAAACACAGGAAUUGGUCUUGCGUUUAUUGCUGCUUCAAAGGGAUACAAACUAAUAUUGACAAUGCCAUCAUCAAUGAGUAUGGAGAGGAGAGUUCUUUUAAAAGCAUUUGGAGCCGAACUAGUAUUAACUGAUGCAGCUAAAGGCAUGAAGGGAGCAGUUCAGAAAGCUGAAGAAAUUCUAAAAAAGACACCUAAUUCUUACAUGCUUCAACAAUUUGACAAUUCCGCUAACCCUAAGGUACACUUCGAGACAACUGGACCCGAGAUAUGGGAAGACACAAGUGGCAAGGUGGAUAUUUUUGUUGCGGGAAUUGGAACGGGUGGAACAAUUUCUGGUGUUGGCCGGUUCUUGAAACAGAAAAAUCCAAAAAUUAAGGUUAUUGGUAUUGAACCUACAGAAAGUAACAUACUUUCUGGAGGAAAGCCUGGUCCUCAUAAAAUUCAGGGAAUUGGAGCUGGUUUUGUACCAAAGAAUUUGGACGAAGGUGUAGUUGAUGAAAUCAUAGAGAUAUCCAGUGAAGAAGCUAUUGAGACGGCGAAACAAUUGGCGCUGCAGGAAGGCUUACUGGUGGGCAUUUCGUCUGGAGCAGCAGCAGCUGCUGCAUUGAAAGUGGGAAAAAGAUCUGAGAAUGCUGGAAAGCUUAUUGCGUUUCAGAUGCUUAAUUCUCUGCCAUCGACUUACUCUAACGCGACGUUUUCAGGUUGUAUUCCCUAGCUUUGGUGAACGAUAUCUAUCCUCGGUCCUUUUCCAAUCAAUCCGAGAAGAAUGUGAAAACAUGCAACCUGAGCCAUGAAGUACCUUUCUUUUGAGGAAUCUAUUGACAAGAAGGCUUUAGUUAGUUGUCAUUAUUUUUUAUAAUACAACACCUUGGUACUCCUCCAUUAUCACUACGGUUCUAUAUGCUUCGAUUGGAACUCAGGUAUGCAUAAACGGAUGCAAACACCUUCUAGUUUCCCUUUCUUUUUUUUCUUUUUCCCUUCCAAUUGUCCAUUUCUUUGUCAUUGGUUCCCCAUGGAAUCGUCUGAGGUUUCAGUAUGAAAGGUGAAAGCCUGAAUAUUUUAUGGCUUUACCAUAGUUCCAACUUGCAGAUAAAUAAAUUAGACAAUGAUGGUGUUCCUAUUUCC